CGCGGCCGGAGCGGAGCGCAGCAAGACGCGAGUCUGAAGGAACCGAUCUGACUCGUCUCUCUAUCGGAACAAAUCAACUACUUUCUCAGCUCAUUCUAUUCGAAGACCGCCCGUGAAUGGAUUUCUCCCGGAUUUGCCCAGACUAACAUGGAUGCCCCACCGUUAGCUGAGUGGGAAGGUUGUUGCUUGGCGCAGUGAGCUGGACACGCAGCGCUUGCUAAUGGAUCUGGGGAAACGAAUGAUACCUUCUCCCUGACUGACCAUGCCGUGAUCUUGCGCGUGGGCCGUCACCCUGCUUAACGUCAAAAGAAACAUUUCGGGGGAAUCUACCGAUCCAGGGAAUAAAUACUGUGGCAUCACACAGACACCAUGAAGAUUACCUCCCCGCUCAUAAGUAAAGCGAGAUUCAGGUGCACCGUCAGGCUUCUACUGCUGCUAUUACUAUGUGUGGGAUAUUCUCGCGGGAUGCCACACGUUUUAAGAUUUGGAGGAAUAUUCGAGUCCAUUGAGUCGGGGCCGUCAGGUGCUGAGGAACUAGCCUUUAAAUUUGCUUUAAAUACAAUCAACAGGAACAGAACCCUACUGCCAAACACAACGCUAACAUACGACAUCCAACGGAUAAACAUCUACGACAGCUUCGAAGCCUCCAGAAAAGCCUGCGACCAACUAUCUCUGGGGGUGGCGGCCAUCUUCGGGCCCUCCCACAGCUCGUCGGCCAAUGCGGUCCAGUCCAUCUGUAACGCGCUUGGCGUGCCCCACAUCCAGACCAAAUGGAAGCACCAGGUGUCUGACAACAGGGACUCCUUCUACGUCAGCCUCUACCCAGACUUCUCCUCUCUCAGCCGAGCCAUUCUGGACCUGGUUCACUUCUUCAAGUGGAAGACGGUCACCGUUGUCUAUGAUGACAGCACAGGUCUUAUUCGGUUACAGGAGCUCAUAAAGGCUCCAUCUCGCUACAACAUCCGCUUGAAGAUCCGCCAGUUGCCAGCGGACACCAAGGACUCCAAGCCUCUCCUCAAGGAGAUGAAGAGAGGGAAGGAGUUCCACGUCAUCUUCGACUGUGGACACGAAAUGGCUGCCGGCAUCCUAAAACAGGCUCUUGCUAUGGGGAUGAUGACAGAGUACUAUCACUACAUCUUCACCACACUGGACCUGUUUGCACUGGACGUGGAGGCCUACCGUUACAGUGGGGUGAACAUGACUGGCUUUAGGAUCCUGAAUACGGAGAACAGCCAAGUGGCCUCCAUCAUAGAGAAGUGGUCCAUGGAACGCCUGCAGGCCCCGCCCAAACCUGACUCUGGCCUACUGGACGGCUUCAUGACGACGGACGCUGCGCUCAUGUACGAUGCCGUGCACGUGGUGGCCGUGGCCGUGCAGCAGUCUCAGCAGAUCACUGUCAGCUCCCUACAGUGCAACAGACACAAACCCUGGCGCUUUGGGAACAGAUUCAUGGCCCUCAUCAAAGAUGCCCACUGGGAUGGCUUGACUGGGCGGAUCACUUUCAACAGAACCAACGGCUUGAGGACAGACUUUGACCUGGAUGUGAUUAGUCUGAAGGAGGACGGACUGGAGAAGAUUGGAACAUGGGACCCUCCUAGUGGCUUGAACAUGACAGACCACCAGAAAGGGAAGACAUCCAAUGUCACAGACUCCUUAGCCAACAGAUCUCUAGUUGUCUCUACCAUACUGGUGGAGCCCUAUGUGAUGUUCAAGAAGUCAGACAAGCCCCUUUACGGUAACGACCGCUUUGAGGGUUACUGCAUCGACCUGCUGAGGGAGCUAGCUAGCAUCCUGGGGUUCACCUACGAGUUGCGUCUGGUGGAGGACGGUCGCUACGGGGCCCAGGACGAGACCACGGGCCAGUGGAACGGCAUGGUCAAGGAGCUGAUCGACCACAAAGCUGAUCUGGCAGUGGCUCCUCUGGCCAUCACCUACGUGAGGGAGAAGGUCAUCGACUUCUCCAAGCCCUUCAUGACACUGGGGAUAAGUAUCCUCUACCGCAAGCCCAACGGAACCAACCCUGGGGUCUUCUCCUUUCUCAACCCCCUCUCACCCGAUAUCUGGAUGUAUAUUCUGCUGGCUUACUUGGGUGUCAGUUGUGUGCUGUUUGUCAUAGCCAGGUUUAGUCCCUACGAGUGGUAUAACCCCCACCCCUGCAACCCUGACUCAGAUGUAGUGGAAAACAAUUUCACCCUGCUAAAUAGUUUCUGGUUCGGAGUUGGAGCUCUCAUGCAGCAAGGCUCUGAGUUAAUGCCCAAAGCCCUGUCCACCAGGAUCGUAGGAGGCAUCUGGUGGUUCUUCACCCUGAUAAUCAUCUCCUCCUACACGGCCAACCUGGCUGCCUUCCUCACUGUGGAGAGGAUGGAGUCGCCCAUCGACUCAGCUGACGACCUGGCCAAGCAGACCAGGAUAGAGUAUGGAGUGGUGGAGGAGGGAUCCACCAUGACCUUCUUCAAGAAAACCAAGAUCUCCACAUACGACAAGAUGUGGGAGUUUAUGAGCAGUCGGAGGCACUCUGUGAUGGUGAAGGAUAUUGACGAAGGGAUCCACCGAGUUCUCACCUCGGACUACGCCUUCCUCAUGGAGUCCACCACCAUCGAGUUUGUCACCCAGCGCAACUGCAACCUUACCCAGAUAGGGGGUCUCAUCGACUCCAAAGCCUACGGCGUGGGAACCCCCAUGGGCUCUCCGUACAGAGACAAGAUCACCAUAGCGAUCCUGCAGCUGCAGGAAGAAGGAAAGCUGCACAUGAUGAAGGAGAAGUGGUGGAGGGGGAAUGGUUGUCCGGAGGAUGAGAAGAAUAAGGAGGCCAGCGCUCUGGGGGUCCAGAACAUCGGGGGCAUCUUUAUCGUCCUGGCGGCUGGACUCGUCCUGUCGGUGUUCGUGGCAGUCGGAGAGUUCAUCUAUAAAUCCAAACAAAACGCACAGCUGGAAAAGAGGUCCUUCUGCAGUGCCAUAGUGGACGAAUUGCGGGUGUCCCUCAAGUGCCAGCGGCGCCUCAAACACAAGCCUCAGCCGCCCGUCAUGGUCAAGACAGAGGACGUCAUCAACAUGCACACCUUCAACGACCGCAGACUGCCAGGCAAAGAGACCAUGGCCUAGAACAGGACUCCCUCUCUCCCUCUCCCUCUCCCUCUCUCUCUCUCUCUCUCUCUCUCUCUCUCUCUCUCUCUCUCUCUCUCUCUCUCUCUCGCUCUCGCUCUCGCUCUCGCUCUCGCUCUCGCUCUCGCUGUCACUGGGAGGCGUGUAGGGUGAAGAGACACUGGGGGAGGGAGGAAGGGUGAUAGUUGAUUUAUGUGAGUGUAUGGGGGGGGUAAGAGAGAUGGGAGAAGAGAAGAGAGGAGCUGAGCUGCUCUGAUCACUGACUGUCUGGCAUCUUUGUUUCGAAACACUAAGCUAGAAAUGAAAAGAGAUUCAACAAUGUUUCCUGUGGAAAUAACUUGAACCAACCUGGGAGCAAUUCAAUGUGAGUUACCUCAUUACUCUACCUGGCAAUGCACCUGAGCAAGGAGUGACCAAGUGGUGCCAUGAUUUAGUAUCAAAAAAAGAGAGAGAUAAACCCAGGAUUCAGAGGAAAGGAGGGAUGGCAGGUUAAAUUGAAAGUAUAGAAUAUCAUACAGCUACUGUAUAUGUUUGGUUGUCCCUUAGAAGUCACAGGCCCAAAUUGAAUUAAUAUUUAUAUGCUACCCAACCACUCUCUCUCUCACUGAGUAGAAUCAGGAGAACGUUAGGUAGAAUCAGGAGAAUGUACAUCACUCAGUCAUAGUUAUGGAGCAAACACAUACACAGACACUAAUAGAAGAAACUGAGAGAAAAUCAGUUGGCGAGUGUGUAAAGGACACAUCUUGUUAUUAUUCAACCAUAGAAGAAGAAGGAGACCAGAUGGGCUAGAAACAGCCAGUUCCAAAUGAAACCCAAAGCCCAAAACGCAUUGGUGAGCAGGACAGAACUGCUCCCAACAUGUACAGAGGCAUCGUUUAUUCAUGUGAUUCACUGUUGGAAAGAAUACAGUACAUUAUCCAUCAGGCAAUAGGUUAUUUCAUUUAUUUUGUUUUCAGAGUACUAAACAUUUUGUUAAAUGAUGGGGGAUGGGAAAAACAUUUUGUUAAAUGAUGGGGGAUGGGAAAAACAUUUUGUUAAAUGAUGGGGGAUGGGAAAAACAUUUUGUUAAAUUAUGGGGGAUGGAAAAAACAUUUUGUUAAAUUAUGGGGGAUGGGAAAAACAUUUUGUUAAAUUAUGGGGGAUGGGAAAAACAUUUUGUUAAAUUAUGGGGGAUGGGAAAAACAUUUUGUUAAAUUAUGGGGGAUGGGAAAAACAUUUUGUUAAAUUAUGGGGGAUGGGAAAAACAUUUUGUUAAAUUAUGGGGGAUGGGAAAACCAUUUUGUUAAAUUAUGGGGGAUGGGAAAAACAUUUUGUUAAAUUAUGGGGGAUGGGAAAAACCAUUUUGUUAAAUGAUGGGGGAUGGGAAAACCAUUUUGUUAAAUUAUGGGGGAUGGAAAAACAUUUUGUUAAAUUAUGGGGGAUGGAAAAACAUUUUGUUAAAUUAUGGGGGAUGGAAAAACAUUUUGUUAAAUUAUGGGGGAUGGAAAAACAUUUUGUUAAAUUAUGGGGGAUGGAAAAACAUUUUGUUAAAUUAUGGGGGAUGGAAAAACAUUUUGUUAAAUGAUGGGGGAUGGGAAAACCAUUUUGUUAAAUGAUGGGGGAUGGGAAAAACAUUUUGUUAAAUGAUGGGGGAUGGGAAAAACAUUUUGUUAAAUGAUGGGGGAUGGGAAAAACAUUUGGAAUAAAAACAUAUAUACAUAUAUAAAUACAAGCAGAGACAGAUGACUGGGGGAGGGGCAGUGAUGUAAUAGAGGAAUUAGGUGAUAGGAACUGGAAGUGACAUGAGUGGCGGACAUGAUGAAAGUACUAACCUUAGAAACCUUAGCCGUUUGAAUUGAAGGAAAGCAGGACAGCAGUAGUGGAUCUGAAACUAAAUUCACAGCAAUCACACAACAUGAGGAAUUUAUUUAUUCAAGUAUUUAUUGUUUUAUUUAUGAAUUUCUUUAUUUAUAUUUUCAUGGACUGGAUUUUCACAGCAGCUGCAAGGAUACAGUACACACCUCAUUUUCAGAUUUGAUGGGUACAAAUGUUUUGGUUUUCUUUUUUGUUCAAUGUCAAGUCUCUUUUUGUACUCUAGUGGCUUUUAUUUUAAUAGCAAAAUCCUCACAUUUACUUGUGCAAAUGCAAUUUCUAUGAAAAAGUGUUUUUGUACGAAGAAAAUAAAACAUUUUGUAAUAAUUUUUAUCAACAACAAAAAAUGUACCGCGGGUGUCACCACGGCAGACAGCGAGCCUCUCUCUCCACUGUGGGCCGUGUGGGUGUCCCAAGGGAUAGCAGCCCCAUCUAGGAUAGCCCCGUCAGGCCUAACACAACCCCCUCCAAGGGGUCACGAGAACAACCCCUCCAUGGACCGGCAUCACACCGAUGGGGUCUCCAGAGCAUUCUGGUUGAGCUUCAGUGGCAUAAUACAUGUUUUGGAAAAAACUAUUUUUAUCAUGUAAAGGAAUCGUAUUUAAAAUAAAGAUAUUUUUACUUCAGGUGAAAAGAGUAAUGAUUAAACAAUAAUUAGAACAAUAAAUAUAUACACACACAAAGAAGUUGAAGUGAAGAGGACUGCCAACGAUGCUUAUCAUUCUACACCCCUUACUUCCAAUAGACUGCUAGAUUCCAGUGCUGAGAAAUUGUGUGUAAAUGGUUUUAAAAACAGAGAAAUAUGUAUUUAACAGAAUAAGGAACACCUAACUAAUUUUGAACAUGUUAUGAAAACUAAACGGAGUGCACACAGUUUACUGUUUGAAGUUGAUGCACAAGUUUAAAGAAAAUAAAAAAAAAUCUUCACAUC